CCUCAUGGGGUUUUGAUCACUGGGAAGUCCUCCUUCUUUCCACUAACAUUGACCUUGUUUUACUUGAAAUCUGCAACUAAACAAAAAUGGAGAGGUGGAUUGAGCACUACAACAGCUCUCAAGAGAUACUGCUUGUUGGGGAAGGUAACUUCUCGUUUUCUGCUUGCUUGGCCCGAGCUUUUGGGUCUGCUACUAACAUGGUGGCCACUUCUCUUGAAUCCCAAGGUUCUUUGUUGGCAAAACACUGGAGCAGUUGGUCACAUUUAGAAGAGUUGAGGAGGAUGGGGUGCUUGGUGCUGCAUGGAGUUGAUGUGCAUAAGAUGGACCUCCAUCCUGUCCUCAAAUGGAGGGAAUUUGAUGUCAUCAUCUUCAACUUUCCUCAUGCAGGUCAUUACUCUUGGUUACGUGAAAAGGACUAUGAGCUUAUUCAAAUGCACAGGGAGUUGCUGAAAGGAUUUUUCGAAAGUGCCCGUUGCAUGCUUAGCUAUGGUGGGGAAAUUCAUGUUACAACCCGGGAUGACUACCCCUAUCACAGAUGGAAUGUGGAAGGACUUGCAGAGGAAGCUGGCCUGAUCUUGAGUGAUAAAGUGAUCUUCAAUAAAUCGGACUACCCUGGCUACCAGAAUAAGAGAGGCGGCGACAUCAAGGGCAACAAAACAUUUCGUCUCCGAAAUUGUUACACCUUCAUAUUUUCUGUGCCAGAUGGGAGCACUUCUGAUCAAAUGUCUCUUUGCAGUGAAAUAACCAGCAGUGGCAGUUAUUAUAUGAACAUGUGAAGUGUUGGUAAGCAGAAUGUGGUGCCAUUAGGCCUAUGGAGAGGAUCAUCUUAUAUCUUUUUGGGAACUGUACUUUUGGAAUUCUGAAUAGUUUCAGCUGUGUGCAUAUGGCUUUGUAAAAGAUUUGAUCCCUAACCUUUAGAAGUAUGCAAGCUCUGUGCCUGUAAAAAAAAACCUUUUUUUGAUCAUUAGUGUGCCUUGCCAACAA